AUAAUAACAUCAUAAAAUCAAUUUUGCCAAAUAUAAAUAUGAAGAGAGAGGGUCGCCAGCAUGGGAUGGUCCGAACCUGUAAGAUUCUGCCGGAUUUGAGCCCAAGACCCGAGACUAGAUUCGUAAACCGGUUCGAUUCGCCAGCCACAGCCGGGCUGUUCACCCGGGUGUCAUCCAAGCCCACCAACCACUCCAAGUUCACAGGCAAGUGCGGCCAGCCUCGGUGCGACAGCUGCCACUUGCACCCGGCGCGCAAGGCCAAGGACAAGACUAAAGGCACUCAGAAACUUAAACCAAACGAUGUCGUUGCAAAUAAUAAAGAGUCAUUUUCUGGGUUUUCUGCGACGAGCAUUUUGGAUCACAUUUACUAUGUGGAUCAUGAUAAUUAUGAGGAUGAAGACCAAGUAGGUGAUGUUCUUCCAUGAUAAUUCUCAACACAACUACUGCAUUAUUGCUAAUUACUAUCCUGUGGUGGAUUUUUGGUUAUCAACACAAGAUCGUUGAGAUGGAUAUGUUGUAAUAUUAAAGAAGGAAAAAUGGUACUAUAUAUUGUGAUACCUUUUUCACUUCUGUGGUUAUAUUUUAUAAUUUUUUAAUAAAUAAAGAAAAGAAAAUGAUUCUAUCA